CGGGGCGGCAGUGACGGGGGGGCUUUGCUUUAUGCCGUCGCCUCAUCAUCUGUAAGGGGGAACAAUAAACAGCGUCUGAUGAAAGCAAGUGUCUGUUUUGGUGGGGGGGAUCUGCCAUCCGAAACCGACCGGCUCUGUCUGCGUGAAAUAGGGAAUGAACGACGAGACAGCAUCGGACAGCUGGAAGAGAAACUCCGGGUGCUCCAGUAUUGAGCAAAUGCUGGCUGUGAAUCCCGGAAAGACGCCCAUCAGUCUGCUGCAGGAGUAUGGAACGCGGAUAGGCAAGACCCCAGUGUAUGACCUGCUGAAGGCCGAGGGACAGGCCCACCAGCCCAACUUCACGUUCCGCGUCUCCGUUGGAGAGAUCAGCUGCACCGGCCAGGGGCCCAGCAAGAAGGCAGCCAAGCACAAAGCAGCUGAGGCUGCUCUGAAGAUGCUAAAGGGAGGCCUCGGAGGUCCUGCUGGAGUUGGUAUUGGAGUAGACGGGUUUAUUGGGGUUGAUGUGUCUACUGAUGCAGAUGGUGCCCAGUCAGAGAUGAAGACCACAGGCACUUCACAGCAGUCUGAAUGCAACCCUGUAGGGGCUCUGCAGGAGCUGGUGGUGCAGAAAGGAUGGCGUUUGCCAGAGUACACGGUCACUCAAGAGUCUGGUCCAGCACAUCGCAAAGAGUUCACCAUGACCUGCAGAGUGGAGAGAUUUGUAGAAAUCGGAAGUGGUACAUCUAAGAAGCUAGCCAAGAGAAACGCAGCAGCUAAGAUGUUGUCACGCAUACAUGAUGUCCCCGUAGAUAUGAGGACCAGCAAUGAUCCUGAUGCCGAAGAUGAUACAUUUACUAUGAACAUGGGCAGCAGAGCGGAGUCGGGUAAAAGUAAAGGCUUCAGCUGCACGUGGGAUUCUCUGCGUAACUCUGCCGGUGAGAAGAUCCUCCAACUCCGCAGCCACCCUCUGGGCAUGCCCUCUGAUUCCAACUUCUGCUCUUUGCUGAGUGAACUGUCUCUGGAGCAGCGCUUUGAUGUCAGCUACCUGGACCUUGAGGAGCGCAGUCUCAGCGGCCUGUGUCAGUGUCUCGUGGAGCUCUCCACGCAGCCAAUCACCGUGUGUCACGGCUUCGCCCCAAACAUAGAUGGUGCCCGAGCCAACGCAGCCCACAAUGCACUGCAGUACCUCAAAAUCAUGGCAGGAGGGAAAUGACGAGCGUGUCAGCCCCCCUCCCUCACAGACUUGAACUCACCACUACAAAAUGCCAUCAUAAAUUUCUACUUUGGAUGACGGAGGCACUUUUGUGAUGAACUCAAAUAACAUGAAUUACCUCAAAUUUAGAAAUGAAGACUCUUUAUGCCCCAAGAUUUUUUAAAAGUCCUAUUGAUGAUGCCAAUGAAGAUUUAGUUGCCCCCCCCCAAAAAAAUCACUUGACAUUUACAAUAUUUAUCACUAAUUAUGUAUUUUUACUUUUUUAUAUCACCCUAGUUGUUUUCAUCUGAAUUUAUAAAUGGUGCUAUCGUGGUAAACUAUACGUUGCAAAUUACUUGAGAUAAAAUUCUGAUGCCGUGAAAUGACCAGGGCGUGAAAGGGGUCUGAAGAAAAUGGAGUGGAGUCAUCCGUUCACUGCUGCUUUGUUAAAUCCCUGUUUUCAUGCACGGACCUAAAAGAGCCCAGACUUGAAGAAAAAUUAAGAAAAAGAGACUGCUGAGUUAUUGUCAUAGGACAAUCAUCUUGAAGAUUAACCAUUUUACACACAAGUGUUAAAAAAUGUUGGUUUUAGUAUGAAAAUAGCCCCCCUGUCACAUGCUAGUUCUUUGUUUGGGUCUGUUAGAUUAGGUUUAUAUGAUUUAAUGUUUAAUAAACACAUUAUUUGUGGCUACAC